AUGUCGCUCUUCUCCCAAUUUCUGCCUUCAGAUGUGCUUAUGGAGAGAAUUAAACUUAAAAUUUCCCGAGUGUAUUACAACCAUGGGCUAUUCAUUUCUUCUCACCCAGCACCUGUUAUCACCACUGUUUGCAUCCUUAUGAUAUUUCUUUGCUAUCCUUUGACCCAUCUCCCACUUGUGAAAGAAGUGCCAAUUCAUCGUGCAGUUGUUCGUGACGAUGAAUUUCAGUCGUUCAAAGAUUCACGUUAUGUUUUCACCCAUGAUGACGAGAACAAAAGUCUUGGUUAUAUGCUUCAAAUAGUCAUUCAUUCAAAAAUAAUUACAAGGGCUCCGAAGUGUCAUAUCAACCAUGAAACUAUUGUCCACUUACUUCAGCAGAGCAAUGAAAUAGUCGAGCUUGUUCACCAGUUCAAAAGUUCUGGAGAUGGGAAUACACCAGGAGGACAAACUUUUGAUGACAUCUGCUUUCAGGUUGAGGAUAGAGCAGUUAAUGAAGCAGAGAAUUCCGAAACAAUAAAAAAUGUAUUACCUACAUUCGGGUGUCUCAUGUUAGCUCCUAGUUUCUUAUUGGUUGACCGUCUCGGUGUAAUUCAGUCCCAUCAACCCUCGGUCCUUUCGCGCAUAAAACUUGCAGCUUCAGGGAAUCUACUAGAUCUUUUAUUUGGAUUACCUUGGAAGACAACCGGAUUGUCAAAAUUGUCUAGGUGUAGUCGAGAACGGACAGUUACAUAUGCGCUAACUUUAGUAUUUCGGGAAUACAAACCUUGCUUUUUUUCUGAACUGCGAGACUAUUGA